AUGCAGCUCUGGAGUUUGGUGCUGACUUUGGGGCUUCUCUGUGGAGCUCUGGCCAGCGGAGCCGAGUGUGGGAUGGACGAACGCUCACGCAGGGCUAGAAGGGACACGCGGCCGAGCCGCCACCUCCACUCGGCCGCUCCCGGCACCUGUGCCACCAGGUUAGCCCGCGGCCGGCACUCGCCCGCCGGCUGGGAACCUCUCCGUGCCCCCCGCAGGCGGCAGCAACGGGAGGUGAAGGGCGAAGAGGACUCUCUCAUCCCCAGCCGGGCGCUCUAUUUCAGCGGACAAGGCGAUCAGCUGAGGCUGAAAGCGGAUAUCGAGCUGCCCCGGGAUGCGUUCACGCUGCAAGUGUGGCUUCGAGCCGAGGGAGGACAGAGGUCCCCGGCUGUCAUUGCAGGACUGUAUGACAAAUGUUCUUACACCUCCCGUGACCGAGGAUGGGCCGUGGGGAUUCACACCAUCAGUGACCAGGGCAAUAGAGAUCCCCGUUAUUUUUUCUCCCUGAAGACAGACCGGGCUCGGAAGGUGACUACCAUCAAUGCUCACCGAAGCUACCUCCCUAAUCAGUGGGUGCACCUUGCUGCCACGUAUGAUGGACGAUUGAUGAAGCUCUAUGUGAAUGGUGCCCAGGUUGCAAUGGGUAGUGAGCAAGUGGGUGGAAUCUUUAGCCCUUUGACCCAGAAGUGUAAAGUGCUCAUGCUGGGUGGGAACGCCCUAAAUCAUAAUUAUCGGGGUUACAUUGAACAUUUCAGUUUUUGGAAGACAGCACGAUCUCAAAAGGAGAUCUUAUUGGACAUGGGGCGGGCAAAUUAUGGACUAGGCACUGGACCUCAACUUGUUAUUCAAGAGAACUUAGAGAACAUGAAAAGCAUGUGGUCUUCAAUGAAAGAUGGGAGCAGCCCCCAAGUUGAGUUCAGCUACCACCAUGGUUUACUGCUUGAUACUAGUCUGGAGCCCCCCUUGUGUGGGCAGACACUCUGUGACAAUGUAGAAGUGAUUGCCAGCUACAACCAGCUCCCUAGUUUCCGCCGCCCGAAAUUGGUGCGUUACCGGGUGGUGAACAUCUAUGAUGACAACCAGGAGAAUCCAACAGUCAGCCAACAACAGAUCGAAUUCCAGCACCAGCAGCUGACAGAGGCCUUUGACCGCUAUAACAUCACAUGGCAGCUGGAAGUACUGGAAGUUAGGAAUUCUUCUCUUCGACGUCGUCUCAUCCUAGCCAACUGUGAUAUCAGUAAGAUUGGAGAUGAGAACUGUGACCCUGAGUGCAAUCACACUCUGACAGGUUAUGAUGGCGGGGACUGCCGGCACCUCCGACAUUCAGCCUUCAGUAAGAAGAAGCAGAAUGGCGUAUGUGACAUGGAUUGUAACUAUGAGAGAUACAACUUUGAUGGUGGGGAGUGCUGCAACCCUGAAAUUACUGAUGUCACCAAGACAUGCUUUGACCCAGACUCUCCAUACAGAGCCUACUUGGAUGUCAAUGAAUUGAAGAACAUUCUUAAAUUGGAUGGAUCCACACACCUUAACAUCUUCUUUGCAAAUUCCUCAGAGGAGGAGCUGGCUGGAGUUGCAACUUGGCCUUGGGACAAGGAGGCACUGAUGCAUUUAGGUGGCAUCGUCCUGAAUCCAUCAUUCUAUGGCAUCCCUGGACACACCCACACAAUGACCCAUGAGAUUGGGCAUAGUCUAGGGCUUUACCAUAUCUUUCGAGGCAUAUCAGAAAUCCAGUCCUGCAGUGACCCAUGCAUGGAGAUUGAGCCUUCUUUUGAGACUGGAGACCUCUGCAGUGAUACCAACCCAGCUCCCAAGCACAAGUUGUGUGGGGAUCCAGCACCAGGGAAUGAUACAUGUGGCUUCCGGACCUUCCUCAACACACCAUACAACAACUUCAUGAGCUAUGCAGAAGAUGACUGCACUGACUCCUUCACGCCCAAUCAAGUGGCGAGAAUGCACUGCUACUUGGAUCUCGUCUACCAGAGCUGGCAGCCUGCCAAGAAGCCUGCUCCCAUAGCUCUGACUCCCCAGAUUGUAGAUCGGACACCCACCUCAGUCACCCUGGAGUGGUUUCCACCCAUUGAUGGCCACUUCUUUGAAAGAGAAGUGGGAUCAGCAUGUGAUCUCUGUCUGGAAGGGAGAGUCCUGGUUCAGUACGCCUUCAAUGCCUCCUCGCCCAUGCCAUGUGAUCCAUCCGGGCACUGGAGCCCCCGAGAAGCAGAAGGCCACCCAGAUGUAGAACAGCCCUGCAAGUCAAGUGUCCGGACAUGGAGUCCCAAUUCUGCUGUUAAUCAGCACACAGUCCCCCCUGCCUGCCCAGAGCCCCAGGGAUGCUACCUAGAACUAGAAUUCCAAUACCCAUUGAUUCCUGAGUCCCUCACUGUAUGGGUAACACUUGUCUCCACAGACUGGGACUCUAGUGGUGCUGUGAAUGAUAUCAAACUGCUGACUCUGAGUGGAAAGAACAUCUCACUGGGACCACAAAAUAUUUUCUGUGAUAUCCCACUGACCAUCAAGAUUCGGGAUAUAGGUGAAGAGGUAUAUGGCAUUCAGAUCUACACCCUGGAUGAACACCUAGAAAUUGAUGCAGCCAUGCUGACCUCUAUCCCAGAGAGUCCCCUGUGUCUGGACUGUAAGCCACUCAAAUACAAAGUUCUCCGGGAUCCACCCUUCCAGUCUGAUGUCCCCAUUGUCAUCUCUAACCUCAACAGGAGAUACAUAGAUACGGAGCUGAGCCAUGGCAGUACAUAUAAGUACCAGAUUGUCACCAUUUCUGGUACAGAGGAGAGUGAGCCUUCACCCACAGCCACAUAUAUACAUGGAAGUGGCUACUGUGGAGAUGGAAUCAUACAAAAACACCUGGGAGAAGAGUGUGAUGAUAUGAAUAAGAUCAAUGGUGAUGGCUGUUCUCUCUUCUGUCGAAAGGAACUCUACUUCAAUUGCAUUGAUGAGCCCAGCCGAUGCUAUUUCCAUGAUGGAGAUGGGGUGUGUGAGGAGUUUGAACAAAAGACCAGCAUUAAAGACUGUGGGGUUUACACACCAAAAGGUUUCCUGGAUCAGUGGGCAUCUAAUGCUUCUGUCUCACAUCAGGACCAGAAGUGCCCAGGUUGGGUCAUUGUUGGUCAGCCAGCUGCAUCACAGGUGUGUCGAACCAAGUGGUGGACUUGAGUGAAGAGGUUGUCCCAACAUGCAUGGUAUCCUUGCACAAUCAAUUACCAAUAUUCUAUAUGGUCCCAGACCACUUUCUGGCUCAGGGCUUACUUUUCCCAGCCAAUGGUAGCAGCAGCAGUUAUUGUUCAUCUGGUGACUGAUGGGACAAAUUAUUUGGACCAGAAACAGGAAACAAUCAGUGUUCAGCUGUUUGACACGAAAGAACAAAUUCAUGAUCUGGGUGUCCAUGUUCUAAGCUGCAGGAGCAACCCCCUGAUUAUCCCAGUGAUCCAUGACCUCAGCCACCCCUUCUACCACAGCCACGCUGUCCUUGUAAGUUUCAGCUCACCACUGGUUGCCAUCUCUGGGGUGGCCCUCCGUUCCUUCUACAACUUUGACCCAAUCACCAUCAGCAGCUGUGAGAGAGGGGAGACCUACAGCCCGGCUGAGCAGAGCUGUGUCCACUUCUCCUGUGAAGCCACUGACUGCCAAGAGCUGAACAUUGAGAAUGCAUCUUUGAACUGCUCUAGCAGUGAACGGUACAAUGGGGCCCAGUGUACCAUUAGCUGCAAGAUGGGCUACAUUUUACAAAUUCACCGAGAUGAUGACCUCAUCAAGAGUCAGUCAGGGUCUAGUGUCACUGUUACCUGCACUGAGGGCAAGUGGAACAAGCAGGUGUCAUGUGAACCUGUGGACUGUGGCAUCCCUGACCAGUAUCAUGUCUACCCAGCCACAUUCUCCUGUCUUGAAGGCACCACAUUUGGCAAGAAAUGCUACUUCCAGUGCCGUCUCCCAGCUCAGCUGAAAGGAAACAAUAGCUUCCUGACAUGUAUGGAAGAUGGGUUGUGGUCCUUCCCGGAGGCACUUUGUGAACUGAUGUGCCUGGCCCCUCCCAUUGUGCCCAAUGCUGAUCUCCAGACUGCUCGGUGCCGGGAGGACAAGCACAAAGUGGGUUCCUUUUGCAAGUACAAAUGUAAACCAGGGUACCACGUGCCUGGCUCCUCUCGGAAGUCAAAGAAACGGGCAUUCAAGAUCCAGUGCACUCAAGAUGGCAGCUGGCUGGAAGGAGCCUGUGUCCCUGUGACAUGUGACCCACCCCCACCCAAAUUCCACGGGCUGUACCAGUGUACCAAUGGUUUCCAGUUCAACAGUGAGUGCAGGAUCAAGUGUGAGGAGAGUGACAUUUCUUCAGGUCAUGGAAGUAAUGUGAUUCACUGCCGAAAGGAUGGUACUUGGAGUGGGUCCUUCCAUGUUUGCAAAGAGAUGCAUGGUCAAUGUUCCCUACCCGAUCAACUCAACAGCAAUCUCAAGUUGCAGUGUUCUGGUGGCUAUGAAAUAGGAGCCGAGUGUGCCACCUCAUGCCUGGACCACAACAGUGAAUCCAUCAUUCUGCCCAUAAACAUGACCCUACGGGACAUCCCCCACUGGAUGAACCCCACACGAGUGGAGAGAGUCGUCUGCACCGCUGGACUCAAGUGGUAUCCUCACCCAUCUCUGAUUCACUGUGUAAAAGGCUGUGAGCCUUUCAUGGGAGACAACUACUGUGAUGCCAUCAACAACCGAGCCUUCUGCAACUAUGAUGGGGGUGAUUGUUGUGCCUCUACAGUUAAAACAAAAAAAGUCACCCCUUUUCCUAUGUCCUGUGACCUACAAGGAGACUGUGCUUGCCGAGACCCAAAGGCCCAAGAACACAGUCGAAAGGACCUCCGGGCCUACAGUCAUGGCUAACAAUGGGCGAAGAGGAGCCAAAGACCACCCAGCCCGAAGGCAGGCUACACAAGACACCACAUCCCUUUUGGUAUUGUUUUUAUUGUUAGCUGCUCAACUGAAUGGCCUCUCUGCACCCAGGGACCCUUAGAAUUCAACCAGUCUGCCUUUAAUUUUGCCCAAGAAGGACUCAAAGCUGGGGUUAUGUACCAAAUCGCAUCAUAAUGACCAAACAGAACAGAGUUAAGUCCAGAAGACUUGGAAGUAUUGCAAUGGUGUGUGGUGUGCAGUGAUGGGCCCACAAAAUUGGAACAGCAUGUCUUGAAAUGGAGGUUACAAAUGAGCUCUUUAUCUAUGAUAUAUACAUGUGGUCUAUACACAUGUAUAUACAUACAUACAAAUAUAUACAUACAUAUGUGUAUAUAUAUAUAUAUGUAUAUCCAUGUGUGUCUCUCUCUUUAGAGAUUAAGGAGGGAAGAGAGGAAAAGACAAGACACAUUCUUCUCUGGUGCUCACUGCUGAUUCUCCAUGGGAGAGUUGGAGCUUUGAAACUCCUGGAGUUGUUAAGGCCACUUUAGACCAAUGCUGAGUGCCAAGAUAUAUUGUGCUCCAAGUAUUGGGUUGGGGGACAUGGAUUUCAUCCCAGGACAGUGGCCCUCUGAAAGCCACGUGAUAGUUGGAAGGUGAAGGGGUGAGCUUCUCAGUCUAAGUGGGCAGUGGGCCCAAGAGAAGAGGAAUGGGUUACCGCCCACUCUUUCUACUGCUGGGCACUAGUCUUCCACUUCAGAAAGAGUAAUGGGCAGUCCUGGGAUGAAGUUCCAGAUAAUAGGUGGGAAGAGCCUUAGGCCUGGCCUGUCAGAAGUACUGAGCUGGCUUGGCUCCUCAGAGAUUUUGAGGUGCUUAUACCCCAAGAGAACAAAGAGGAAGAACCAGUGGAUCCUGCCUGCCCCUAGAACUUGCCAUUUAAGCACAUCUUGCUGCUAUGCCUGCUGCUACAUCCCAUCCGGUUCAUUUCUUUACUGCGUCAGGACAGGGUUAUAACAACCCCAAACAACCAAAUGGUCUGCCUUAAAGCUUACCCACAGCCUGCCUUCCACUUUUCCCCACUGCCACCCCCUUAACCCUAUGGCCAAGUAAAGGACACUCACUGGCUAGUGUGGUGAGAGCUCCCAUGCCACCUCACCUCCUAAAUAGACCCUUUGGACCUGAGAGAGCAGGGAGUUUGUCAAGCAGACUCCAAAAACUAUUUUAAGGGUCCUCAAACCAGAGCAAAGAAUGCUGAAGACAGUGUUAGCAUUUUGGAACUGAGUGUUAUCAGUGUUAAAUUUCCAGGAUCCAAAGAGAGAUUCCAUUCCUGGCUCCAGGAUUCAUUUCUGCCCUGAAUGAAUACUUGCUAGUGGACCAGUUUCUAGGGAACCAACACAGUCCCGGAGAAGGCCAACUCCUUCUACAAUCUGUAAUAGUCUAACCUCAGUAGGGCUGUAAGACUCAGAAGGAGGGUGCAUGAGAAGGAGCACAACUCCAGCCCCCAGCAGUCCAGUUCUAUCCCUGCAUAUCCCAUAGUAUCUUGCUCCCAAAUAGGUAGAGAGCACCCUUUGUUCUCUCUUUUUUGUAGGCUGAAUCUAUAGGCUUAGAAGGUGUAGCUAGUUGGGAUAAGUACAUUAGAGGCACUUAGUCUAUCUCUCAUCAUUUGUUUCCCCCUGAGUGUGAAUGGUUCACAGCAACUAGCACCUGAUAAUGUCUCUUCAGAUGGGCUAGGUUAUGGUUAUAAGGUGGCUGGAAAGCAGUUUAUAUCAGAAGGUUUGAAAUCUCAAGUGAGGUCUUAGCCUAGAGCUCAGAAAGAGGAGAAGAUAUAUGAGGUCCAGUCCUUGUAUAGCCUACACCAAGGCUUCCUAACUGAAAAAGUUAGGGCUAAGAUUCAGGAUCUGGUCACUUUUCCUCAGCCCCAAAUAAAAUGACAGGCAUCUUAAGCAUAGUCUUUGUCAUAGGCACAUGAAGGCAUUAAAAUAAAAUAAAACAGACACAGACAUACAAGGUUAUUUUAUUAUACUUUAAGCCUCUUUGUAUCCAUAAUAUGAGACCCAGGGUUACUGGAAUGCAGGAUGCAUGUGCCAUGUGUUCAUUCCAUAUACUGGCCCCUUCCCUUUCAACAUCCUUCUCAAUGUGUGUCCCAUUCGAUACCUCUACAUCUUGGUUUCAAGAAGUUAACAGUUCUAAACUAAAGUUUAGCUGAUAUGGAAGAUGAUAUAUAUCUUAUUGGGGGUGGGAGAAGAGGGGCACAACUCUUGAAAACCCAGAGGAGUGACUUUCUAAUUGCAUUUAAGAUACUGGUACAGGCAGAGAGCAGGGGAAUGAGGUAGUUAUUUUGGAGGGGACCCUGCCAAUCAUGCCACUCUCUCUAUAUUCUUUUCAUCAAAUGAAUGAUUUUUCCAAAAGACCAGGGGACUUGUCAGCAAAAUAGCUUAAUACAUGUCCAUUGUUACCCUACUGUCCUUCAAAGAAGAAGUCACAUUGUUAGGGAACUAAGGAAAGAUUUUCUUAAAAAAAAUUGGAGAGAGGAAAAAUGGAGAGAGGAAAGGAGGAGGGUUUGUUGGUAUACAUCCAGCCCAUCCUCAUUUCCUCCCCGCCCCCGCCCAGGGCCUUUUGCACAGUAGAGUUGGGGAAAUGUUCACAUUGAUGGUAGGAUAGAAAGACAGCAUCAAACAGAUUGUUCCCCAUAUGUGAGAAGGGAGUAUGCCCUGGUGUUUGUGCCACUGAAUUUCAAGUGGCUGAGAAGCCCCUCAGUUUUCUCUGGGGACUUAGACCCAACUCUGUGUGCUCUGUUAAAGUAAUUUCCUAUACCUAUUCUAGGAUCGCUGAAGCUUUGCUGGCUGUAAACAGCUCCGAGGUCCUGAAAAUUUUGGAUUCAGCAUCUGUUGAAGUAUUUGCUCUCUUGUUACAGGGAUAGCUGGCAUUCUAAUGCAUUAUGCUUUUUCUACUCUGGAAAGAAUUAAGAACACCCAAUGCCACAAAUCCAAUUUUCUAAUAUAAAGCCCCACUCCACCCCCUUUUUGUGCCAACUGCCUUUUGGGGGAGGGGGGAGAAAGGAGGGAAUCCUUCCUAACUUGAGGAAUUCAUUCUGGUGAAGAGACCAACAUCCAUAGAUAGUAGGGCUUGGUGUAAAGUGGACCUAUUGUUUGUAAUUCUCAUCCUUAGGGCUUUGAGGGGUUGUCUAAAUAUUUUUGCCAUCUUGAUAACCUUAUUUCCUUGAUCCAAGGCUGAGAAGGCUGUGGAAGAUACUUUGAGACAGAUUUCAGCUACCUCCCUUCCAGUUCCAGGAAAAAAACAAAAACAAAAACAAAAAAAAACUUGGUUGUAACUGUCGGUUUGUUAUAGGUUUUACCUGUGUUUUAAAAAGAAUAAUAAUAAUAAUGAUAAUAAUAAUAAAGUAAGCCAGGUUCUUGCUGCAAUUGAUUCAAGUCAAAAAUACAUAAAAACAUAUGUAGUAAGAAAUCUGUACAAAUAGAGAGUUGGAUAGAAGAGAAGGAAAAAAGAAGAGUGGAAAAAAAGAAAAAAAAAUUUGCAUGACCCAGAACCAAGAAGAGCAAAACAUAUUUUUAUGUGUCAUAAAGGAAAAAAAAACGUAUUCUGCAACCUAAGUAGUGAGUUAGACACAAUCUCAUAGAUUUCCCUAGAAGAGAAAACACAGUGGAGUUUUUAAUAACACUAUCUGUUUUUCCUCAUUCAUUCUGGUAGGCCCAGGAAAAAAGGCAAAAUUUUAUCUCUUUGGUAGUAUGGCUAUUUAUUUUGUUUUUGAGGGGGUGCUGUUUUCAAUUUUACAAGAUCUUAAGAGUAAAAAAAAGGAAUUUGUGUUUUUACAACAUUAUACAAAGUCUGUGUUUCACUAGUAUUUAACUGUGCUCUCAAAACUGCACUCAGAAUGACUGUGCACAGUCUAGUUUUCCCAACAUGCUGCUAACCAAGACAGGUAAUACCACAAGUUUGGAUUUGGACAAUCAAACCAAACCAAACCCCUUUAUUUGUGUUUUACUCAAAUAUUCCCCAGUUUCUGAAUUGAACAUUUGGGCUGGAAGACAGAAAAGAGAGAAGCCAAAAGGAAAUCUGGCUCUGAAAUGAGAGCAUGGGAGUUACCAAUUCUGGCCAGUUUUUGUUUGUUUGUUUUUGCUAUGAACAAGUCACUUAAAACACACACACACACACACACACACACACAAACCUCUCCAAGCCUCAGUUUCUCCAACUGUAAAAUGGGGAUAAUAAUUCUUACCUACCUCAUUGGGGAGUUGUGGGGCGUUCUGGACUGAGGUUUUAAAAGCAUUCUGAGAUGCUUGGGGACAAAGGCACGACACAUUCCAAGUAUUACUCUUUGAGACCAAUGAAACAUGGGAGUGAAUUCUUGCUAUUUUCCAAGUUAAAAAAUGAUAACUUCCUAGUUAUAAUCACCUGGGAAAAGAGGCUUGUGUUCUAGAAGAUUUAGGGUUUAUUAUCAUCAUCAUUAUCAUCAUUAUUAUUAUACUUUUUUCUCCUGAUUUUUGGCUUGUUCUCCAGCUCUGAGGUCUAAUUAAAAUCCAAUUACUUCUUCCCCAUAGAAAGAAUAAAAGCUGGCAGAAAUCAGAAUGUCAUAUUCUGAAAAAAAGUGUGAAGUUGCUUCUAGCCCAUUGGGGAGGGAAGCUGUAUGCCAAAAGACAAUUUCAGGCAACACCUCAGUUCUACAGACUGAGUUGCUUGGGUUUAAGAUCCUUUUUGGGGGGGGGGGCAUGGGUGGUGUCAUUUAAACUGUUUUCUCUAAAAAGUGAGGGGUCGUGCUCCAUACAAACCACAACCUACCUUCUGAGUGCAAAACAAGGAGCUUAAUUGAACUACACACCAGCAGUCAACAAAGGGAAAUUCAAAUAAUUAGGAGUUACAUUGUUGGGCCUCUGUAAUCAGUUACCUGUCUGCAGAUAUCUCUCUCUAUAUUGAUAUAUAUAUAUAUAUGCACAUGUAUAUAAAUAUAUCUGUACAUAUAUGUGUAUAUAUAUAUUUAAAUGUAAUAUUUACAAAUAAAACUGUGAUCUCGUCUAGAGAAAAUGUAUUCAUAUUACAAAUGGCUCUUCCAUCUUUAUGUAUCAUACUGUAUCUUUUUAUUAUUGUUAUAAUUAUUAUGAUUAUUAUGAUUAUUUUGGAAUCUGUUUGGCACCUUCUGGAAACUAUGGCAAAUAACACUUCACUUCCCAAGUGCUGAAGAUCUGUUUUCAUGAACAUUCUACUGUAAAAUUUUAAAAAAAGAGAAAAGAAAAAAAAAAAAGAGGAAAAAUGUAAACACCCAAAGCAAAACACAAUUCAAUCUUUAUUCUGUACCUCACGCACGUACAUUUGCUGCUCCUGUUUUGGGGUUUGUUUAUUUGUUUGUCUGUUUUUAUGGAUCUAAUUUAAGUCUCCAAGCCAUAUAUAAAGAUGUAAAUAGUAUAGCUUAUUUAUUAAGAUUGUCAUCUUUUUUUAAUUUAUAUUUACACAAAUGUUCAUCUAAUUUAUUUUUUUCAAUACUGUUUUUAACCAUCACUGUCCUGUUUUGCUGUUUGAGAGAUUGUUAACCUUCUGUAUUCAUGGCAUUGUUUCAUACUAUUUUUCCCCCUGGUCUCAAAUACAGGUUGGAUUUCACUAAAAUUGUCAAAGACAGAAAUAUUUUGCCACUGUU